UUUACCCAUAUAAAAAGGGGUUCUCUCUUUUCUUCUCUCAUGGCUAUGCUCCCCUUUGAAUCCUUUCCCUUUCGUCCCUAUAAAACCCACAUUUGUUUACAGUAAACAUUCAUCAAAAACCUCCUCCUCCUUUUUCAAUCAAGCCACCAUUUUUGCUACAAAUUAGCUAAAAAAACAGUCUAAAAAAUGGUGAAGCUGAGCUACAUUCUACUGUUCAUCAUCUCCCUCAUUGUUACAUCUCCACCGUUAACACAAAGCUUCCAUAUCAAUAACUGGGCAAUAUCAAAGCUCGAAACCAAACAAGAAACAGUAACCAAUCUCCAGUUCUACUUCCACGAUACGAUCAGCGGUAAAGACCCAACCGCCAUUAGAGUAGCUCAAGCCGCCGACACCGAGAAAUCACCGACCCUAUUCGGAGCUUUGUUAAUGGCGGAUGACCCAUUGACCGAAACGCCGGACCCGAAAUCCAAGUUGAUCGGACGGGCACAAGGGAUUUAUGGGUCGGCCGGGAAGGAAGAGCUGGCUUUAUUGAUGGUUAUGAGCUUUUGUUUCACUGAUGGGAUGUAUAAUGGUAGCUCUAUAAGUAUUCUCGGUAAGAACUCGGCUUUGAGUCCGGUUCGGGAAAUGCCUAUCGUCGGUGGAACCGGCGUUUUCCGGCUGGCACGUGGGUAUGCGGUGGCGAAAACUCAUUGGUAUAACGAGGUCGGUGAUGCUAUAGUUGCUUAUAAUGUUACCAUCGUUCAUUAGGUAAAAUCAUGUACUAAUAGUCUAAUUCUAUUUUAACUCUUACUAAGAAAUUAUUAAUCUUAGAUAAAAACAAACUAAUAUUUUUAUUAAAAUUUUUAUUUAUUAUUAUUGUUAAAAAGUA